CGGGCGCAUCACGCAGUCGCCCUCCGCUCCAUCGCCCCUUCUCCUCCCCCGGUCAGCGGCUCGGCUGCAACCACCGCGCCACCCCAAUGGAGGCUGGAGAAAUCGGCGGCGCCCUCCUCUUCCUCCUCGCCGCCGCCGCGGCCGUCGCGGCCGCCAUCUCCGUCGGCGCGGUCGACUUCAGCCGCUCGCCCACAGCGGGCGUGCCGCUCGGGUUCCAGCAGGCGGUGUCCUGGCUCAUCGGCGUCCUCGACGGCACGUCCUCCGCGGCGGCGGACGUGUACGGGGCGUGGGUGGCGGUGCGGGCCGGGGUGAUCGCGCCGGUGCUGCAGGUGGCGGUGUGGGCUUGCAUGGUGAUGUCCGUGAUGCUGGUGGUGGAGGCCGUGUACAACAGCGUGGUCAGCCUCGCCGUCAAGGCCAUCGGGUGGCGGCCCGAGUGGAGGUUCAAGUGGGAGCCCCUCGACGGCGACGACGAGAAGGGGAGCGCCCACUACCCCUUGGUGCUGGUCCAGAUACCCAUGUACAAUGAGCUGGAGGUGUACAGGCUGUCAAUAGCGGCCGCAUGUGAGCUGCAGUGGCCGAAGGACAGGAUAAUAGUCCAAGUGCUGGAUGAUUCCACCGAUCCGUUCAUCAAGAAUUUGGUGGAGCUUGAAUGUGAAAACUGGGCCAACAAAGGUGUCAACAUUAACUAUACCACAAGAACCAGCCGCAAGGGGUUCAAAGCAGGAGCUCUGAAGAAAGGAAUGGAAUGUGACUAUGCAAGGCAAAGCGAAUACAUAGCCAUAUUUGAUGCUGAUUUCCAACCUGAACCGGACUUUCUGCUCCGAACUGUCCCAUUCCUUGUGAACAAUCCGGAAGUUGCCCUUGUUCAAGCUCGGUGGUCCUUCGUGAAUGACACCACAAGCCUGUUGACAAGGGUACAGAAGAUGUUUUUCGAUUACCACUUCAAAGUUGAACAAGAAGCAGGAUCAGCAACCUUUGCCUUCUUCAGUUUCAAUGGAACUGCUGGAGUGUGGCGUACAGUAGCCAUAAAAGAAGCAGGAGGUUGGAAGGAUCGCACUACAGUUGAGGACAUGGACUUGGCAGUUCGAGCAACCCUAAAGGGUUGGAAAUUCGUAUAUGUUGGGGAAGUCAGAGUCAAGAGUGAACUGCCAUCUACUUACAAGGCCUACUGUCGGCAGCAAUUCCGGUGGUCCAGUGGUGGUGCAAACUUAUUCCGUAAGAUGGCAAAGGAUGUUUUGGUUGCCAAGGAUGUAUCACUCCUCAAGAAGACCUAUAUGCUCUAUAGCUUCUUCUUGGUGCGGAGAGUUAUAGCGCCAACCGCUGCCUGUAUUCUCUACAAUAUCAUACUCCCCAUUUCAGUCACAAUCCCGGAGCUGUACUUACCAGUCUGGGGUAUCGCCUAUAUUCCCACGGUGCUUACCAUAGUCACAGCCAUAAGACAUCCAAAAAAUCUACACAUAAUGCCAUUUUGGAUUUUGUUUGAGAGUGUGAUGACAGUGCGUCGCAUGAGAGCUGCACUGACAGGACUGCUGGAAUUAGAAGGAUUUAACCAGUGGGUUGUGACCAAGAAGGUGGGGAAUGAUCUAGCGGACAGUGAAGUUCCCUUGCUUCAGAAAACCCGAAAAAGGUUAAGGGACAGAGUUAAUUUGCAAGAGAUUGGAUUUUCGGUGUUUGUCUUCCUAUGUGCAUCAUACAACCUCGCGUUCCAUGGGACAACAAGCUACUACAUAUAUCUAUAUCUCCAGGGAUUAGCAUUUUUAUUGCUAGGGUUCAACUUCACAGGAACUUGUUCUUGCUGACAAGUGACAAUGGCAAGAUUGUAUGAAUCGCUGCUUUACAAUCAUUUUCUUGGUAUAAGUCCACCAGGUUACAUUUCAGAUGAUUUAGAUCUUAGAUGCACAGAAAGGUGUUGUUAUCCCGUGUGCUCACAACGGUUUUCACCAGUGAUAAUUUUUUUCCCUAGCUAUU